CCCCUCCACGAAGGAUCCCCUCCGCGGGCGGGGGCGAGGGGGCGGCAGAGCGCGGCCAUGGCGAGCGAGGCGGAGACCGUGGCGUCCGCGGUGGCGGCGCUGCGGGCGGAGGUGGGGGCGCUGCGGGGGGCGCUGGAGGCGCGCGUGGGGGAGGCGCUCCGCCUGGCCGCCCCGCUGGCCCCCGCCCUCCAGGAGGCCCGCGCCGAGACCCGCGCCCUCCGCGCAUGCGUCGACGCCCUCGCCCGGCAGGUGGCCGCCCUCGCCCACCAGCAGCAGAGCCUUGAGGACCGGAAGGAGGAGGAAGGAGGAGCUGGGGGGCGUGGUAGCCCCGACCCCCAUCACAGGAGGAGGGACAGCGGCAGCAGCCGGACCCCGGGGGUCGAGAACGGGCCCCCCGACGGAGGCCCCCCCGAGCCGGCCCCCCCACGCAGGGCACACCUCCCGGUGACGGCGGUGACCAAGGGGGGGGGCGGGGGCGGCACACGGGCCCCACGGGCAGGAAGGGGGGCCCGGUCCCCUUCUGCCCAGAGAGAGGGCGCCCCCUGCGGAGCCCCCACUGGCCCCUCCCCACGCGGGGGUCAAGCCCCAGGCCGAGCGGCGGAAGGAGCUGGUCCGGUCGCAGACGCUGCCGCGCACGAUGGGGGCCCAGGCGAGGAAGGCCCUGCUGGUCCCAGGGGAGGAUGGGCACCCCGCCAAGGGAGGAGCUGGAGCCGGAGCCGGAGCAGGGAGGGUCCGGGGGUCCGGGGGGCGUCCGAAGCUGCAGCGCUCCCAGAGCCUGGGCGUGACGAGCGCCAGCGGCAUCAAGCAGAUCCUGCUCGAGUGGUGCCGCUCCAAGACCAUUGGCUACCAGCACGUGGACCUGCAGAACUUCUCCAGCAGCUGGAGCGACGGGAUGGCCUUCUGCGCCCUGGUGCACGCCUUCUUCCCCGAGGCCUUCGACUACCAGGCCCUGCAGCCAGGCACCCCCCGCAAGAACCUCGAGGCCGCCUUCGGCGCCGCAGAGAAGCUGGCCGGCUGUGACCGCCUGAUCGAGGUGGAGGACAUGCUGGCCAUGGGGCGCAAGCCGGACCCCAUGUGCGUCUUCACCUACGUCCAGUCCCUCUACAACCACUUGCGCCGCUUCGAGUGACCACAACAACCACAAACGGGGCCGGGACCCCCACCUCAUUUCGGCCAUAUCAUACUCAAUGCCAUUGAAUAGCCUUGCAGCUUCAAAGCCUGGCUGCUUCGUCCCUAGGGGAGUCCAUGGUUGGCCAACUUGAAUGCCAUUGAAUAGCCUUGCAGCCUCAAAGCCUGGCUGCUUCGUACCUAGGGGAGUCCAUGGUUGGCCAACUUGAAUGCCAUUGAAUAGCCUUGCAGCCUCAAAGCCUGGCUGCUUCGUCCCUAGGGGAGUCCAUGGUUGGCCAACUUGAAUGCCAUUGAAUAGCCUUGCAGCUUCAAAGCCUGGCUGCUUCGUACCUAGGGGAGUUCGUUGUUACCCAACUUGAAUGCCAUUGAAUAGCCUUGCAGCUUCAAAGCCUGGCUGCUUCGUACCUAGGGGAGUCCGUUGUUACCCAACUUGAAUGCCAUUGAAUAGCCUUGCAGCUUCAAAGCCUGGCUGCUUCGGACCUAGGGGAGUCCGUUGUUACCCAACUUGAAUGCCAUUGAAUAGCCUUGCAGCUUCAAAGCCUGGCUGCUUCGUACCUAGGGGAGUCCAUGGUUGGCCAACUUGAAUGCCAUUGAAUAGCCUUGCAGCCUCAAAGCCUGGCUGCUUCGUCCCUAGGGGAGUCCAUGGUUGGCCAACUUGAAUGCCAUUGAAUAGCCUUGCAGCCUCAAAGCCUGGCUGCUUCGUACCUAGGGGAGUCCAUGGUUGGCCAACUUGAAUGCCAUUGAAUAGCCUUGCAGCCUCAAAGCCUGGCUGCUUCGUCCCUAGGGGAGUCCAUGGUUGGCCAACUUGAAUGCCAUUGAAUAGCCUUGCAGCUUCAAAGCCUGGCUGCUUCGUACCUAGGGGAGUUCGUUGUUACCCAACUUGAAUGCCAUUGAAUAGCCUUGCAGCUUCAAAGCCUGGCUGCUUCGUACCUAGGGGAGUCCGUUGUUACCCAACUUGAAUGCCAUUGAAUAGCCUUGCAGCUUCAAAGCCUGGCUGCUUCGGACCUAGGGGAGUCCGUUGUUACCCAACUUGAAUGCCAUUGAAUAGCCUUGCAGCUUCAAAGCCUGGCUGCUUCGUACCUAGGGGAGUCCAUGGUUGGCCAACUUGAAUGCCAUUGAAUAGCCUUGCAGCCUCAAAGCCUGGCUGCUUCGUACCUAGGGGAGUCCAUGGUUGGCCAACUUGAAUGCCAUUGAAUAGCCUUGCAGCCUCAAAGCCUGGCUGCUUCAUCCCUAGGGGAGUCCAUGGUUGGCCAACUUGAAUGCCAUUGAAUAGCCUUGCAGCCUCAAAGCCUGGCUGCUUCAUCCCUAGGGGAGUCCAUGGUUGGCCAACUUGAAUGCCAUUGAAUAGCCUUGCAGCCUCAAAGCCUGGCUGCUUCAUCCCUAGGGGAGUCCAUGGUUGGCCAACUUGAAUGCCAUUGAAUAGCCUUGCAGCUUCAAAGCCUGGCUGCUUCGUACCUAGGGGAAUAUUUGUAACUUGGGAAGAGCCUGCAUAUAAAUAAUAAUAAUAAUAAUAAUAAUAGGAUAUUAUUAUUAUUAUUAUUAUUAUUAUUAUUAUUAUUAUUAUUGUAUGACAUGGUUGGCCAACUUGAAUGCCAUUGGAUAGCCUUGCAGCUUCAAAGCCUGGCUGCUUCAUACCUAGGGGAAUAUUUGUAUCUUGGGAAGAGCCUGCAUAUUAAUAAUAAUAAUAAUAAUAAUAAUAAUAAUAAUAAUAAUAAAUAUUAUUAUUAUUAUUGGAUAAUAUAAUAUUUGUAAUUCGGGGAUGGCCUAUAAAUUAUUAUAAUACAUUAUUAUUAUUAUUAUUAUUAUUAUUAUUAUUAUUAUUAUUAUUAUUAUUAUUAUUAUUAUAGAAUAAUAUAAUAUUUGUAAUUUCAGGGACAGCCUGUAUAUUAUUAUAAUAUAUCAUUAUAUAUCACAAUUAUAGUAUAUUGUUAUAAUAAUAAUAAUUUAUGUGUAACUCGGGGACGGCCUUUACACGGGAAAUAAAGUGUCAUGCUGUGAA